UCCCCGCGCCCAGCGAGCCGGCAAGGCCAGCGCGGCCGCCGGUUCCUCCCGCCCCGCGAUGGCCGCGGUUGAGCGGGGCUGAGCCCGCGCUGCCCGCUCCCGGCCCCUCGGCCCAGCCAUGGCGAAGCAGUACGACGUGCUGUUCCGGCUGCUGCUGAUCGGGGACUCCGGGGUGGGCAAGACCUGCCUGCUGUGCCGCUUCACCGACAACGAGUUCCACUCCUCGCACAUCUCCACCAUCGAGAAAAAGUCUUCUUCAUAUUGGACGCUUCUCUUCCAGGAAAGCUCUCUCAAGGACCCACAGGGAAACAGGAAACGAAGCAUGCAAGCCAACUCUCUGCCCCAGGAAUCAGUGCAGGAGGUGUUGACUUUAAAAUGAAGACCAUAGAGGUAGAUGGCAUCAAAGUGCGGAUACAGAUUUGCGCCCCAGUUUCUCCUGCAAGGGCACAGUCUCCCAGUUCCUUCUCCUCCCAACCCCUUCUGUUCCUAUGGUUCCUGCUCCUCUGAGGGACUGGCUUUCUACUGCAGGGACACAGCGGGGCAGGAGAGAUACCAGACCAUCACAAAGCAGUACUAUCGACGGGCCCAGGGAAUAUUUUUAGUCUACGACAUCAGCAGCGAGCGUUCUUACCAACACAUCAUGAAGUGGGUCAGUGAUGUGGACGAGUAUGCACCAGAAGGUGUCCAGAAGAUCCUUAUAGGGAAUAAAGCUGAUGAAGAGCAGAAACGCCAGGUGGGAAGAGAGCAAGGGCAGCAGCUGGCUAAAGAGUACGGCAUGGACUUCUACGAAACAAGUGCCUGCACCAACCUCAACAUUAAAGAGUCUUUCACGCGUCUGACGGAGCUGGUGCUGCAGGCCCACCGGAAGGAGCUGGACGGUCUCCAGACACAUGCCAGCAACGAGCUGGCCCUGGCAGAGCUGGAGGAGGAGGAUGGCAAAGCUGAGGGCCCAGCGAACUCUUCAAAAACCUGCUGGUGCUGAGGGACCUGCGUGGGGUGCCCCACACAGACCCUUUCCCUCAGGAGGCUGGUGGGCAGACAAGGAGCCUGGGCCCUGCCCGCUGCUGCCUCUCCUUUGAUGACCUGUUGAAUCAGUGGCUGCUUCUCUUCCCUGCCUGGCCCUGAGAGCAGCUCUGCUGUCACCUCUGAGCAGCCUCUGUCCCUGGCCCCCUCCCCUGGAGUGGCAUCCUUCAGCCUGUUUCCCCAGCCACAGGCGUGCUGUGACCCGACAGUGUGCUGCGAGCAACGUCUCCCGCCCGGGCUCUCUGGACAGUGGCUGGGACUGGAGUGGAGACCGUGUAAAGUCUCCUCCACUCUCAGUGCAUCUUGUCUCCUCUGCUUUCUCUCUCCUUUCCGCUCUCCCCGGUCCUCCCUCCAGUGUGUUUGUACUGAGGCCCCUCCCAUGCUCUGCCUGUGUCCUGCUGUGUGGCUGCCGGAGCAGCUCCUUCCUUCCAUCCCUGACUAAGGAAAUGGGCCCAGGCUGCUGGGGAGUCGUCUCAGCUUCUGCCCCAGGGAGGACCCCCAACCUGCUCUGGGCUGGGCCAAAGGCUAAGGGUGCUUCUCCUCCCCUCCCCACUGCCCCUUCCUGUGCCAUGGGCCUGCCUCCCCCAGGACCUUGGAGGUAGGAAGGAAACGCCGUCUGGUGGACCUCAAGCCCAGGGCUGUCCUGCCUCUGCCUGCUCCCCGUUUGAGCUUUGGCCUUGCUCAGCGGCCCCCCUGCCUCUGUGGGAAACUGAGCUCGGAGGCAGUGCUUCAGAGAAGAGGAGAAAAUGAUGAGGGGUGGCAGGGAAUAAAGUCACCUCCAUUCUCUACCUCUCAUGCCGCAUGUACACAACUUCUCUCCACCUGGGCUCCUGAAUGUCAGGAUGGGUACCAAGGCCUGAGGGUGCCAGAGGGGCAAGGAGAGCCCUAGAGGUGGUGACAUUGUCAAGCCAACUACACAUUCCAGAAAGAGGAGGGAUUAGAAGUGAAAGCCUAGCUCCUAGGUGUCAGAGCAAGGACAAGCAGGCCAGGGGCAGCAUGUGGCAAAGCAGAGCGGAUGUGGUAGCAAAAGGCCUCUUGGUCCUCUCUUCUCUGCUCACGUAAGAACUUUUCCCCAGACUCCCUGGCAGAGGUGAGAGGUGACAUAAACACAUCACUCUUACUGAACCCAGCCUUUGGCAAUGAAGGUUUUCCUGGGCCCCAGUACCUGUGGGAGAAGGGCAAAGAGUUCACAGGAAGAGAGAAAGAUGGCCCUGGUGCUGUCCUCUUCAGCCUUCAAGACAAAGUGCUUAUCUUGCCCUCCUACUCCCUUGUAGACUUGAGGGUCUGCCAAUUGCACUGUGGCUACCAGGGCAUGGAGGAGGACUCCCUCCUCCUGACUUUUAUGUUCAGGAAGUUUCUUUCACCCCAGGAGCCCAAGAAGAGCUUGAAGGAGUCUUUUGAAAGGCUUAUGUCAGUUACCAGCCCUGCUUGGGUUCCUGCUCACCUUCCUGAGGUGGGAGAAGCCCAGGGAAGAGAAUCGUUCCUCAGUUGCACUUUGUGGCUGGGGCUGGAGCCAAAAUAAAAAACUGGGCAUUGAGAAUUCCCCCAACCAGGGACCCACAUCAGGGUGCCACUUCCUUAUUCCUCCAAAGAAGGAAGUGAAGAUUAAAAUCACUGGACAUUUCCUCCUGGCUCUUACCAAACCAGGGGAGAGCCAGAAGGAGAGGGUGGCUCAGGGUUUAGGAUGGGGAAGAGGUGAGCAUGGUGGAAGGAAAGAGAGCAGGAAGAGAAAUAAGUCAUUGGCAAAUGAGAGACUUAGAGCUGAUGCAUUAGGAUGAAGCCAUGACUGGCUGCGGCUGCUUCCUUGAGGACUGACUUGUGCAGCCCUGUGCAGGAGGUGAGCAGGGUGGUGAUGCCAAUCCUGUCUGCCCUCAGCUCUCGGGCUGAGAAAGGAGAAGUUAUAUUAGGCACUGGCACCCACCUGUGGGCCAGUGUCGUCGCUUUCCUUUAGAUCAGGCAGAGCACUGCUGUCUUUCUCUCUUAGCCCCCUCAGGAAAGAAGGACUAUAUUUUUAUUGUACCCUAAGGGUUCUGGAAGGUAAAACGGACCAAUGAGCCCUCUUCAUGAGGGCCACAGCUGGGAACAGGUAUGGGAGCAAAAAGAGGGCUGGGGUGUUAGGGUGCAGCUACACUCACCAGGAACCAGAGUUGGCCUCUCACCCCCGCACUCCAGUCCCGGAGGUGGCUGGGCUGUGUCAUUUGGCCUAGACUGUUGAGCAGGCUUUCCUGGCCUGUUUCCUUGUCACCGCCUCUGCCCCUAUGUCUUGAGACUCAGCCCAGCCCCUGGGUACCACCUGCUCCUGAGCCCUACCAUCUCCCUGUGACAGGUGAACUUUGUGUACUGUGUCUUGGGUCCAUUAUAGGAAGUGUGAGCAGGGUUCAUCUAUUUUAAACACAGAUGUUUACAAAAUAAAGAAUACUUAAAAUCACAA